AAUCGAAUCCGGCUGCUAUUGUGUAUCUCUAUGGGAUCAAUCUCCGAAUGAAAAGAAUGAGUGCUAUUUAUGUUAAUUAACAUCGUAAAUUAACAGAAAAUAAUGGCAAUUAUUUAACAUGCAGAUGGUAUUUUAAAUGUUACUAAUCCGAAAUUUGCAUUUUUUGUUGCAGUACUCAUUUAGAAGCAAAGACAUGUACUAUGCAGUGCGUAAGGGACGGAAUGUUGGGAUUUUCAAAACAUGGGAUGAAUGCAAGGCUCAAGUUCACAGAUUCCAAGGAGCUCAAUUUAAGAAGUUUUCAACUCAAGAAGAUGCUACAAAUUUUAUAGGGGCUACAGCCAGUAAGAAGCGACCAACAUACAGUAACACAGAAUACGAUGCUCCAUAUAAAAAGAUUCGAGUAAAAAAUGGUUAUGGUGGUAACAGUUAUGCCUCAAAUUAUAACACUUCAUCUUAUGAAAAACCAAGAGUAGUCUACACUGAUGGAUGCUGCACAUCCAAUGGAAGAAGUGGCGCACGGGCUGGAAUUGGGGUAUACUGGGGGCCAGAUCAUCCCUGGAAUGUUAGUGAGAAAUUGCAUGGGCAUCAGACCAAUCAGAGAGCAGAAUUGAAGGCUGCAGUUCGAGCAAUUGAGGUUGCUAAGGAAAAUGAUUUAAAUGAUAUUGAACUCAAAACUGACAGCAUAUACACAAUCAAAUGUGUUACAGAUUGGAUAGAUAAAUGGAAAGAAAAUGGAUGGAAAACAAGUAAAAAUGGCAAUGUUGUAAACAGAGAUUUAAUUGAGGACUUGGAUGAAGCAAGGCAGGACAUUAAUGUUACAUGGAGACAUGUUCCUGGCCAUAAGGGCAUUCAAGGAAAUGAAGAAGCCGACAGACUUGCAAAUUUAGGAGCUGCUUUGCGAAAAUGAAAGGAAAUUUUUUUUUUCUUUGACCAAUGUUUUUUUUUUUUUUAAUUUGUUCAAGUAAGGUAUACUGUAGAAGAUGCAGAUACUGUAAAUGAUCAGAUUAACGCCUUUCUUGUAUAGGCACCACUGUCCUGACUGUUUAUUAGCCUUGUUGGUCUUUUACAAUUGUUUAUGGUUUGAUUAAAAUGGAAACUGCAUAUAAA